ACCAUUACCUCUAUUUUUUUUCUUUUACGUUGUAGGCAAUGGUCAGAAAAUAAGUGUGAAAUUCCAAAAAAGACCAUUUUACAAUUCCAGCUUAUCGUGUACGCACCCAUGGAAGACGGCAAGAUAGAAAGUGGCGUGCAUGGGGCUGGUAGAUAAGAUUUUAACUCUCUUCCUGAAUAAGGAGGCAGCAAUGGCGAAGGGGAUCCAUGCAAGAAGGACCCAUGUAUUUAAUUUAAAAUAGCAUCUUAUUAAGUCAUCAACAAAAAGGAGACUUUUCCAGUGUUUUACCACCCUUGGAUGGCUAUCAAUAGGAAUUCAAAAGAGCAACGGCCUCAAAUUACUGCCCUGUGGCACAGCAGAAACUGCAGAAAAACCCUCAGACAUUGAUUUUACAACUUUAAAAACCUGUUGUAGUGAGGUCAGGUAUGUUUUCAAAUUGUAGCGUUUUUACCGUUAACGUGUAAAUUAAAACACUCGAUGUACAAAAAUAGUCAACCGAUUUAUUUUAUACGUACACACUAAACACGAUAACUUAAGACUACUUGAAAUAUUUAUUUACUACUAUUUAUGUCAAUUUGAUAGCACCAUGAAAUGUUUUAAGUCUCCAGAUCCACUUUUUUGUGGCUCAAUUCAUCAUAUUUUUUAUACCUGUAAUUUUAGAGUAGACAACAAUGUAAUGUUGGAUUCACUUAAAGUUGAGGAAUUUUAUUUUGAUUUUAAAAAUGGGAACCAUCAGGGUUUAAAUGAUUAUUUUUUUUCUAUAAAUUGGGAUACUAUUUUUAAUGAUAGCGAUAUUAACAUUAUGGUCUCAGAGUUCUAUAACAUUUUAAAUUUUGGUAUACAAUGUUUUGUGCAUCAAAAAAGAUAUAAGACAUCUAGCUUUCCUCCAUAUUUUUCUACCGAAUUAAGAAGAUUGGUAUUUCUCAAAAAAAGUAAGCAUAAAAAAUACCAACUAUCCAAUGAUGAAAUAGAUUAUCAUGAAUUUACCAUUCUGAGAGCUCAGUGUAAAAGGUUAAGUCAAGAGUGCUACAGAAAUUAUCUUGCUACUUUGAAUGAGAACUUGACUAGUAAUCCGAAAAAUUUUUGGAAGUUCGUUAAUAAGAAAAGAGCAUCUAACAUUGUGCCAAGGGAAAUGUUUUUAGAUAAUAGUAUUGCAACUGAUGAUCAGCAGAUUGUUGAUUUAUUCGCUACUCACUUUUCUGCAGUCUAUUCAAAUGCAAACACAACCUCACCUGAAAAGUCUUUCAGCCAAAUUAAUAUUGACUGUCCUGUCAUAAGUCUGGCUGAGGUGUUUGAUAAGCUGGGGGCUUUGCCUAAUAAGUUAAUGAUUGGUCCAGAUGGAAUCCCCAAUAUUCUUUUAAAAAACUGUCGAUAUGUACUAUCACAGCCACUAUGUAAACUUUUUAACUUAUCUCUUAUUUCUGGAACAUUUCCAGACAUAUGGAAGGAAGGUUAUAUUUCUCCUAUUUUUAAAUCAGGAUCGACGGAUGAUGUUAGAAAUUAUUGUAGUGUGUCCAUAGUGUCAUCCAUCCCCAAUUUUUGACAGCCUUAUGUUUGCCCAUUUAAAUUGGCAAUGUAGAGAAAUUAUUGUUGAGGAACAGCAUGGUUUUAGAGGUGGUCGGUCCACUCUUACAAAUUUACUCAUAUACCACAAGUUGUCAGAUGCCUUGGAGAAGGGGUAUCAAAUUGAUGCUGUAUAUACAGACUUCUCCAAGGCGUUUGACAAGGUAAAUCAUUUGUUAUUAAUUGAAAAAUUGAAAAAUAUAGGUUUUUCUGAUAGAUUGCUAAAAUGGUUGCUUAGCUUUCUUAGUGAUAGAAAGCAAGUGAUUAAACUUGGUAAUUUUAUGUCUGGGGUGAUUGAAGUUUGUUCUGGAGUGCCACAAGGGGGACACUGCUCUCCUUUGCUAUUUAGUUUGUUUGUUAAUGACCUUAGGGCUGUCUUGGAGUAUUGUGAAUUUUUAAUGUUUGCUGAUGACCUCAAACUUUUUUCUUGGUUAUUAUGAAUGAACUUGAUAUCAGCCUCUUACAGUGUGGUGCCAAAAUAAUUUGUUGGAUUUGAAUAUUAAUAAAUGCUUCCAAAUUUCAUUUCAUAGGAAAAAAAGUAGGAUACCAUCAUUUUACAUAAUUAACGGCCAGAAACUUCAAUUAAAGGAUGGUGCUAAGGAUUUAGGAAUACUGUUUGACACAAAAUUAAACUUCUGCAAUCAUAUAGACCAAAUAGUAGUAAAAGCUAAUAGAAUGUUAGGUUUUACUCUUAGAAAUUGUGAGGGGUUAUCGUUGCAAGCUGUCAAAUCUGUAUAUGUGGGAUUGGUACGAUCACAGCUUGAGUAUGGCUCAAUUAUCUGGACUCCCCAGUAUAAUGUCUAUAAGUCAUUACUGGAGAGUGUGCAAAACAAAUUUUUAAGAUAUUAUAACUACAUGUUCAAUUUGGAUCUUAUUGCUAAUCAUGAUUAUUCUCAAAUAUUGAAUUAUGUUAAAGUUUUGUCUUUGGAUAAAAGAAGAACAAUGUUUGACAUCUGUUUUAUCUAUAAGUUGUUGAAUGGUAUUAUAUCCUGUCCGGAUUUACUUUCCCAAGUUAAAUUUUCUAUUCCUCAGAGAACACUUAGACAAAAUAAUUUAUUUCAUUUUGGGUUCCAUAGAACUAAUUAUGGUAAAAACUCUUUUUUGGUGAGAUCUCUAGAUUUUUUGUAUCAGGAGGAGAGGCUAGAUGUUUUUGGCAAUUCAUAUGGGUCUUUUAAGGGUAGUUUAAUGAAAAUUUUGAAUACUUAGUAUUGUUCAAUUAAUAUUUUUAAUUAAUAUGUUGUUUGAUGGGUGAACCAAGUGCGAAUUUAUGUUCCUAAUCUAUUAGUUAAUACAAAGAUAUUUUUUUUUUGUUUAUUUACUUUAGAGUCUUUUUUUUAACUCUUAAUAGUUUAAGUAAGGAUUAUUAAUUAUUGACAUAACUGUAUUUUAUAAUUUAUUUUUUUUGUAAUGGAGAUUUCCCGUUUAAUGAAUAAAAAAAAAAAAAAAUUAAAAGUCGCGCCAUUAUUCUGAAGAAUUAACUUGACUCCUAGAACCUAGCGGUUUUUAUUAUAGAGAAGGAAUGAAAAUUAAAGUUUAUGAAAGAAAACUCAAUUUUUUUUAAAAUAACGUAUAGUGAUGCUAUGGUACGUUAGGGUCUUAAGUAUGUCUGAACAAUACAAAAUGUGUAUUUGCAAUUCACUACAGAAUACAAGUUAACACAUAUUCGAAAUUUUAAACAUGCGCGUGAAAUAAUAGAAGAGCGCAUAUUUAUUGUGAAAUAUUUUUAGUUAUUUAAUUUAAUUAUCUAAAAUUCACAAACUGUUAAAGUGACAAAUAUUCUUUCAAAACUUAAUUCAACCGCUUAUUUGUCCUCAAAGAAUUCAAAAUUGAUUGACCAAAGCAUGACCAACUUAGCUUUAUAAUCCGUUAUGUAAAAAUAAUUUAUUGUGACAUUAAAAAAACACUCUGCAUUCCAUAAUCUAAACCUAGGGUUGAAUGAUGCUGAUCUACUUCAAAUUAGUUUUUUUUUAAGAUAUAAUUAACAGAAUAUGU